CUGAACCAGGGCUGCUUUAACGAGUUUUUUCUCUGCAUCAGCCGGGAAGGAAGACCAAGAAUACCCAUGGAUUCUAUACUUGGUGCUGCAAUUGGCCUGGGGGUGGCAGCAGUGGGCAUCCCGGCCAUAGUUGGCGCUGCGGGUUUCACUGGCGCAGGAAUUGCAAUUGGUUCACUUGGCGCCAAAAUGAUGUCUGCUUCUGCCAUUGCAAACGGAGGCGGAGUGGCUGCUGGGGGUGUGGUUGCCACCCUGCAGUCCAUUGGGGCUGCCGGGGUGCCGACUGCUGUGUCAGCAGCAGCAUCAGCCACAGGAGCAGUGCUGGGAGCCAUAACGGACAUUUACAGUUGAGGGGGCCAGAGAACACCCCCCACCCCUUCUCCAUAAUAUUAGCUGUCAAAGGCCUCCAAAAAGAAACCUUGUUGAAGGGGAAACGGCUGUAUCUUCAUAAGACUCCUUGAAUUAUUUACGUUUAGCUCGCUUUCUCAUGGACUUGUGCCUUUUAUUGUAAUAAAAAUACCUUGUAAUUUU